AUGCUCUCAUCUAUCCUCGCCUCGGUUGCUCUGUUCGCUGGCGUGGCGGUGGCACAGACUGAGUACGGUCAGUGCGGAGGUCAAGGAUGGAGUGGCGAAACGACAUGUCCCUCCGGCUGGACCUGCACAUACAGCAACGAAUACUACUCCCAAUGCUUGCCAGGGGCCAGCACCGGCACCCCUACUUCUGCUCCAGGAGGUGGUAGCGCAACCGCCACUUCCACUACCAGUGCUGCGAGUGGUACCACGACUCUCCAGUCAGGUUAUUCCUUCAUCCGUGCCGUCGAAGACCCCAACUUCCACAAGUACCUUCGCUCCGAAGCCGCCAACACUCCCACCACCGCCGUCCUCGGCGACCCCGACACCGCAGGGCAAUUUAUCAUCACCGACGGUCAGCUGAUCUACAACGCGAACGGGACGACACCCUUGUAUGCUGUCGUUGAGGGGAGGGCGAACGAUACGGUCACGAAGUUGGGAAUGAGUUGGUCGACAGAUCCGGCGAGCGGAGACAAUGCGGGGACGUUCCAGUGGAGUGGGGACACGCUUGAGUGGAGUAUCCCAACUAUCGACAGGCCUCAACUGAACGCCUGGCUCGUCUGCCCCGACGCGGAUGACAACCUGCUCCUGUACAUCAACCUCGGCAACUACGACUAUAUGACCCCUCCAGGAUGCGCCGACGAGACUAUUCACGCUUAUACUGGAGCCACGGCGACACCUUGA